AUGACAAAUGUUAAUGAUGAACCAGAAAUACCGUCAUCAUCAUCAUCAUCACCAUCACCAUUAGGUUUGAGUUCAAUACAUCAAGAGACUGAUGAUACUGAACAAGACGAUUCGAAAUGUAGUGAUAUCAACCUAAUUAGACAUUACUUUGAUAAUCAAAUAGUAUCAGCAUCAUUAAUGGAAAAUAUGAUUGAAAACAUUAGUGGUAAAUUGAAUAACCUAUUAGAUAAUUAUAUCAAACCUUCAAAAGCAUCAGAUGAUAAAGUACAAACAUCAACCAAGAUAACUAUAAAGUCUAAAGAUAUCAAUCUAUCUGACAUUCAGAAAUCAUUUAUUUCAAACCUUUCAAAACUAUUGAAUCUUGAUCAAUUAGAAACAAUAGUAUUUGUUCAACAAUCAAAAUAUUAUAAAGAUUGGUCUAAAAUGUCAAACAAACAACUUCAACAAACUCUUCAACCACUAUUUAUAGAAUACUAUCAAGAAAGGAAAUCACUUUUAUUGUUGGUUUCAUCGAUUCUUAGAAUGGCACCUACCAAACAAGACCAAGACACCACCACCACCAACACGUCGGCUAGCACAACAAAUGAUAGUACUACGAUUUAUGAUUAUGGACCACUGUCUGAAAAGUUGGUUAAAAAGAAUAGUCUCGAAUGGUUAUCUAAAUUGAUUUCCAGUUUAAUAGAUUUAUCCACCUUUUCAAUCCCUUCUACAAUCGAUGAUAUCUUGUGUUCGGCAGUUAUUGCACCAGGAGGUUCAUUUCAAAAACUAUACACCAUAUCUAUCGUGCAAGAGCAAGCUUUCAUUGCAGAGUGUAUUUUCCUCAUCUAUUACUACAAGUCAAAUUCUAUCUUUCCAAAGGAUUUCGAACAACUAUAUGAGAAAAUUAAAAACAUUAAUGUUGGAAGCUAUUCAAAUUAUCUCUUGUCAUUCAACACUGCUGCUGUUGGAGGUGCAGAUGAACUUGGAUCUCUCCUUUUACAAUUAGAAUACAUUAUUGUUUUGUCAUCGAUUCAAUCUUUGGGUGAUGUCCCACUUGAAAGAAAUAAUAUUAAAGAUAAUGAAGCAUUUAAUUUAAUUCAAAUAUUUGAAAAUUCAUCAUCACCAUCAAUGGCAACAUUAUUUACACCUGCAACCUCUGCAAUCGUUUUUACUGCUCUGUUGAAUUCUAUCAUUAGAAAUCCAACACACAGUACAGAACCUUCAUCAAUGUCACUAAUCAGUAAAUGCUUAGAGUUUAAUCCUUUUUAUUACAUUCAAUCCAUUUUAAAUCAUCCCUACAUUAUUAAUGAUAGUUUAAUAUCAUCGGCAUAUAUUGAAUCUAUUCAAUCAUUUAUUGAAAGAUUUACAAAGGUUUAUGACUUGGAAGACACAAAUCAACAAGCAGUUGUAACUAUGUUUGAAUGUUUGAAUCAAACAAUCUCAAUCAAUGGAUUAACGUUUGACUUGGUACAACAUGAUAUCUUUAAAUAUUGUGUAUCUCAACCAGUACUUUUAACUAGUCCCAGUAAAAUAUUUAAAUUAUUGCAUAGUUGUAUGAAUGAUUUAAAUGAUAAAGUUAAAUCCUCUCUUUAUGUAUUUCAAAUAUUAUUUAAAUAUUAUAUUGAUCAUAAAAGUCAACCAAUCAAUGGAAAUGAUUUUAAUAUUAUUUCCUCAACAUUGGAUGAUUCAGAGAAAACACAAUCGACUCUUUCAGGAAUUUCAACGCACUAUUAUCAAAUGGAGCAACAAUCAAUCUUUAAGGGGUCAUAUAAAACCCUUCAACUCUACAAAGAUCGGUAUAUGGUUUUAUACUCGCUUGGAGAUUUAAUAGUAGAUAGAUUAUUAAACUUUAAUCAUCACAAUUUAUUGUUCCUCAAAGAGAAUCAUCACAACGUUGAAGAAGAGGAAUAUUUGACAUUUAAAUAUAUCUUGCAAAUGUUGUGCAGAAUGAUCUCAAAUAACAUGUCGACGAGAAUCUAUUAUUGGAAUCUUUUUCAACAAAAUAAUAUUCACAGUCGAUUAGCACAAAUCCUUCAACAAAUGUGUUGUGAACCAUACAAUCGAGAGGAUAAAAGACUUUCAUUGAUUGCACACAUCAUCAAGUUAUUUGCAUGCUUUUCCAUCACCUUUUCGCAACAGGUCUUCCUUGUUUUACAUCAAAAUGCAGUAUGGUCACCAUCAAUUCAAAGUGGUUUCACCAUUGACGGUGGUGCAGCCUCUUUAAUCCAACACCACUCUCGAUCAUUGUUUCACCAAAUCUACGACAUUGAAAAGACCAACAAAAAAUCAUUUAGCAUCAUAUCCUCGAUCGUUCUCUUGCUCUGUAAUCAAAUGCGUUACUAUCCCCACGAUAGUGUCAUACCACACUCUGAAACAACCAUCACUUUUUUAAUUCAACUCUUAUCCGAUUACACCAUCAUUAAACAACAAAGACAACAACAACAACUCUUAUUCCAAAUGCCACAACACAUUGAACAACAACUAAACGAAGAGAAAAAGGAAUAUGAAAUGCUCGAUCAAGUCUAUAGUAUCUUUAUCUAUUUACUUAGUAGGUUGGGAAAUCAAAAGGUUGAAAAAAGAUUAUUCAAUCAAAUGAUUCAAUGGUUCUGUCAAGGUGGUGCACCUCAAAAUACUCUAUUCCAAUCGAUCAAACAUAGUAUAAUGUCGUUAGAGUUUAUCCUAUUUUUAAUUAAAUAUUUGGAAAAACAACAUCAACAACAACAAAAUGAUCAACAACAACAAGAACAACCACUUCCAAUAGAAUCAUUUAUUCAAAGUUUCUUUUCCAACAACUUGGUAUCUCUAUUACUUUCUGUAAUAGUGACGGGAGAUGAUAUUGAAGCGGCAGAACUUUCAUUGGAUAUUCUAUGUCGUAUCUCGUCAAUCCUUGUAAGCUAUGAUAGCUACCAGAUACAUUUUUCCUCAUUUGUAUCUGACGAGUCAAUCAAUGGUUUAAUUGCAAUCUUGGUCGAUAAAUAUCAACGAACUUCGAUUAAAACAUCGAUUAUCAAAUUUAUCAAAUAUCUUGCCAUCUCUCAGCCACUACUUUGCAACAGAAUCUUACAAUCUAUUGACAAUAGAAAAGAUACAACUCUCCAAUCACUAUUUUGUAAAUUGUUGACCCAACAAGAAAAUUCCCACCUUCAACUCUGUGUCGAAUUAUUCUCAUUGGUUGAUUUAUUAUAUCACAACUCUAUCUACUAUUCAAGCACCCUUCAACUAUUGGAUACUUUAUUGUUAUUUGAACAAGUAGAUUCUGACAUUACUCCAACAACCACAAAACCAGAAUUGGAACUUCUCUACAAUAAUGUUAUAAAAUAUCAUUACAUUAACAUUUUAUCAACCAUACUAUUACAACAAAAAUCAAACAACAACAAUAAUAAUAAUAAUAAUAAUAAUAAUGAUUCAACAACAACUAAAAUCAUCAAAUCUAUACAAUCAAUAGUUGAUCAAGAUUAUUAUGAUUGUUUGGAAUCGUAUGAUUUCAAGCAAAAUGAAUUGAACAAACUAGAAUCAAAAGUUAACAAUCCACAAAAUUUGCCAACCAUCAACUCUUCGCUUUGUAAAAUGGUCAUUUACGAUGUAGACGAAUUUAAACUCAUUAGCAAUGACCAACAUCUGGUAGAAUUGGUGAACCAAAUCAAUACAAAGAAACAAUUAUUCAAUUCAAAGAUCCUUUUGUUUAAUACCCUCUCGAAAUUUAUAUCGAUUUCAAUUGCCAAACAUCCACAAACAUUACAACUCCAUUCAAAGAGAAAUAUGAAAACAACGCUCAACCUAUUAGUCAAUUCUCUGGUCACUCUUACGAGUUCAUUGGGGUCUCAAACUAUCGCCUCUAUCUCUUCACCACACUAUUUUGAUUGGAUAUCGUCACUUUUGGAGCCUUUGGUCUUGGUAAUCAAUAAUUCAACGAAAAAUAAUUCAAAUGAUCAAAAACUCGGUGGCAAAGAUCUCCAACAAAACAUCAUCAAACUGAUCACCAUAUUGAAUAAUCUUAUCCAAUAUCAUCAUUGCAUUUCCAGUACAUCCUUUUUACCAAUAUUAUCCUCACUUUUACUUUUAAUCAAACACUCAAACAAACAAUCCUUUACAACUGAAGAAUACAACAAACUUUUAAAUCCAAUCUCAUAUAUCAUUUCAUUUACAACAACAACAAAAGAAGAUACUUUGUCCUCCCCUUCUACUUCUUCUUCUUCUUCUUCUUCUACUUCUACUUCAUCUUUAUCUUCUUUGUCAAUUUGUUUUAGCAUAAUCAAUAUGUCUAUUAAUUUAUUAAAAGUAGCCUUGACAACUUUAUCACAAGAUAUCAAUACUACGAUUGGAUCAAAUUUACCACGCGGAUUCAUUGAAAAGAUUUUGUCGAUACUCGAGCAAUCUCUUCAACCAACAUCUUGGCCAUUUAAUCAAAACGAAAAUGGAGAUAAAGUUAAAACAACAAAAACAAUAUUAGAGUUCUUUGUUGCAUGCAGUCGUCAUCCGCUCUUGUGUGAAUCUUUACUCAUCAACCAUGGUGUGAUAGAAUUCCUUUCAAGAGAUCAUAUGUUUAUGGAGUAUUCACAAGAACCUUAUAUUGAUUCAAGAUUACUUUUGGCCACAAAUCCAAUAUCCUAUGAUCAACAGCAACAAUUCAAUAUUAGCUAUGUCAAGAAUCCUUGGAACAUUAUUUGGGGCAAAAUGCUUAUAGUGGUAACAGGAUUUGCUAUAACACUAGAGAAUAGCGAUCGUAUGGCAGAUAGUAUCCUAUCGUUUGCUGUCUCUCACAAGGAUAGAAUCUUUAAAUAUAUUGACCCCUACUUUAAUGUCAAUUACCAACUUUUUGGAACAUUAUUAUUUAUCAACCAAUUAAUUAACAACAAAUUACAACAAUCCAACUCUGACAUUGAUAACAACAACUCUCAACUCGAUCCAUUUAAACAAUUGCUCCAAGAGAUUAGAGAAAGAAAUUGUCUUUUAUUGGCAAUUCUCAGUUGUAUCUAUAACCUCCAACAAGAAACUACAAUCACCCAAAGUAUAAAAGCAAAUUCACCAAAGAAACAACAAGAAUUCUUUUGUAAUUUAUUGGGAAUCAUUUAA